CUUUCUCGCUACAUCCGAGGGGGGGCGGGCGGCUCAGAAUAGACGCCAAGCUCGUCCUUGAGACAUGACUGCUCCAAGCUUUGACAUCUUUAAAGACACCGGGGCGUCGAUUUGACAGCAUGUUGGCCGUUUUUGUCAGAGCCGCGCUGCGGUAUGGCAUGGUGAAGCCAUGCCGCCUGCUCGGUCCAGCUACACACAUCCAGAAGAGGUCCCUGGUUCACCAGGAGGGUUUACCCAAGUUGCCUGUGCCACCCUUGAAGCAGACCUGUGAUAACUAUCUGGCUGCUCUGGAGCCUAUUGUUAGUGAAGAAGAGCUGGAACACACAAGGAAGCUGGUGGAGGAGUUUCUAAAGGGUGGCGUAGGGGAACGCCUCCAGAAGGGUCUUGAGCGACGGGCCCGAAAGACAGACAACUGGUUAUCAGAAUGGUGGAUGCAGUCAGCCUAUUUGGACUGCCGGAUGCCGGUGGCUGUCUACACCAGCCCCUGUGUGGUUCUUCCACGCAUGCACUUCCAGGACCGUCAAGGACAGAUGAGGUUUGCAGCUAAACUGAUUGCAGGAGUGUUGGAGUUUAAAAAAAUGAUUGACAGUGACACCCUGCCAGUAGAGUACCUGAGCAAGAAGCCACUUUGUAUGGACCAGUAUUACCAGAUCCUAUCAUCUUGCCGUAUUCCUGGACCAAAGAGAGACACCGUUGUAAAUCACGCAAUUGGCAAAACGCCUCCCACGCACAUCACUGUAGUUCACAACUUCCAGUUUUUCAUUUUGGAUGUAUACAACAGUGAUGGGACCCCCCUUACAGUAGAUCAAAUUUACAUGCAACUGGAAAAAAUUUGGAACACCUCUUUGCAGACCAACAAAGAGCCUGUUGGUAUCCUAACGUCGCAGCAUCGUAACACGUGGGGGAAAGCUUAUAAUAAUCUCAUCAAAGAUAAGACAAAUAAAGAAUCAGUUCGCGCCAUUCAAAAAAGUAUCUUCACUGUAUGUCUGGAUGCACCAAUGCCUCGCGUGUCAGAAGAACUAUACAAGAGCCGCGUCGCUGCCCAAAUGCUGCACGGCGGCGGGGCUCGCUGGAACAGCGGCAACCGCUGGUUUGACAAGACAUUACAGUUUAUUGUUGGUGAAGAUGGCACCUGUGGACUGGUGUAUGAACAUGCACCUUCAGAGGGCCCACCUAUUGUGUUUCUCAUUGACUAUGUUGUUAAAUAUAUGCAGAAGACAGAAAUAGUCCGUUCCCCCAUGGUUCCUCUAAGCAUGCCUCAGAAACUGCGUUUCAACAUUACCCCAGAAGUCAAGAGAGACAUUGAAAAAGCCAAGCAAAAUAUGAACAUAAUGGUACAUGACUUGGAUGUGAAUGUUCUGAUGUUCUCCCAUUAUGGAAAAAAUUUGCCAAUGCAACACAACCUCAGUCCAGAUGCCUUUAUUCAAAUGGCAUUUCAGCUAGCCUAUUUUAGGAUGUAUAACACAUGUUGUGCUACAUAUGAGAGUGCAUCAUUGCGAAUGUUCAAAUAUGGAAGAACAGAUGUAAUACGUGUAACUACCAAGGAGUCAUUGAAAUUUGUUCAAGCAAUGCAAGAGCCAACUAAACAGAACACAGAAAGAUUAGCACUGCUUCAGGAGGCUGCUAAGAUACAUAAGGAGAACACAUACAAUGCGAUUCAUGGACAAGCCAUUGACAGACAUCUUCUAGGACUAAGGUUGCAGAGUAUUGAAGAUCUCACAUCUAUGCCGGGGAUAUUCAUGGACACUUCUUUUGCUGUGGCUCAUCAUUAUAAUCUUUUAACCAGCCAGGUUGGUUCCAAGACCGACUGUGUGAUGUGCUUUGGUCCAAUGGUGCCAGAUGGCUAUGGAGUGUGUUACAAUCCCAUGGAUGAGCACAUCAACAUCGCGAUCACAGCCUUCAACAGCUGUGAAGAGACAAAUGCAGCCAAGUAUGCACAGACUGUAAAUGAUGCACUGUUGGACAUGGGAGCUCUUCUGGAGGACACAGCUAAAGCCAAACAGUGACCCCACACAAAAACCUGUGGUGUUUUUAGGGGAAGGAGAGGUUUACUGUGCUUUUGUGGGAGCUAGAAAUUCACCAGCACCCAAGCACGCCUCAAUGACAUGGACCUACAAUGCACUGCGAGUCUUGGGGGUGGAAACUUAAUGUUUGUAAUGUGUCUGUGGCGCAUUAGGGGGGACUAUUGAGGCAUGGCCAUUGAAAUCAAAGACAAGUCUCACUAAUGCAAAUUGUAUAUUUUAUUACAUGCUGUUGAAUAUCUCUAUAUAAAAGCACUAUGAACUCAUUUGCACAUAUACUUUCAAAUGUAACAUUUAAUUUAACAUUCUGACUUCUUGCUUCCAUUCAUUUCACAACAAAAGUUGGCUCUAUCAGAUUUUUUUUUUUUUUAUCCUAACGUUUUAGAAAAGAAUAUUUUGCUCUGAAGCUUCCCACUGUGUGCUGGUAAUCGCCAUUGAAUUCAACCUCAGCCAUAUUUCCUGAGGAGUGCCACACAAACAGCUGCGGGCCUUUAAACACAUUGGUCUUCAGCAUAUCCAUGUCUCGGAUCUGAAGAACACACAAAAACAAGUUACCUGAAAAUGUCCACAUGGCAAACGGGUAAUGCUUUUUUGUUGUUGUUGUUUUUGCAGUUUAUGCAAUGUAACAGUAACAUGCCCACCAUAAUGUAUGAAGACUGUGAGUUUGUGGUGUUGAAGACCAAUCCUAUGUGCAGUGCUUGGAUUCUGAUCUUCACUGAGGGAGGGGCAUUGAUCAGUACACGACAAGUGUGGUUCGUGUCAGAUGUUGUUGGAUUCUCAAAUUCCCCGCUGGAGGUAAACAGCUGCUUGUCGCAAUCUUUGGGUGAAAGUAUAAGCUACAUUCAUAAAUCAUGCAAUCAAAUGCAUCAUCUGUUUAGUUAUUUAAAUGUGAUGUUAGUUAUGUUUCUUUUUCUUUAAUUGCUGUUUUUUUUUUUUUUAAAGUUAAAAGUUUUUAUACUUUUGCCCUCUAAGAUGCAAUCAUAAUUUUUAAAAUGGGGCAGCAUGGAUCAGUGGUAGGGUAGUCGUUCCCCAACCCAGAGAUUGUGGGUUCGAUUCCCUAGCCCUGGUGAACAUGUCAAACGAUCCUUGAGCAAGAUACUGAACUCCACGUUGCCCCCUGACGCCAUGUCAUAAGUAGUUGAAUAAGGAAAUAGUGUCAAAGCAUUCUGAGUACUUUGAAGGUAGAAAAGCACUACACAAAAGUAAGCCCAGUUACCAUUUAAAUUCACAUCUGUAGCCGUUAUUCUGUUUGGUUAGUGUUGCAUAAUAAGGACAUAUGAAUGCACAUAUCCUACUUUGAUGUUGGCUCUUUUUCACAUUUCUCUGUGAGCUGAAGGUGAACACAAUGCCAUUCCCAGAAGUGAGAAGAUUCUGUCGCACAAGAAGGACGUUGGUUCUUGUGGUCAGCGUGCUACUUGCCGCCUGUUCGCACUUGCGCACAAGUGCCAGUCGGUCAAAGAAUACAGCAUAUUCGCCUGUGGAAACA